AUGUCUACUGGCACAGCCAACAGCAUGAGCAUCAGCAAACAUUUACAGAGCAACCGUCAGCUUAGUAAUUUGACUGAAAUUGCCAAACGGCUGCAGGUCAGAAGGAGCAAGAGGAAAAGGCAGGAAGAGUAUUCGGUGUGUGAGAGGCACAAUCAGUUCCUGACCCUUUUUUGCGGGAGGGACCUAGAGGUUUUAUGUGCACAGUGCAGUCUCUCCGUUCAACACCGGGAACACUUCAUUUGCCCCCUUAAGAAAGCUGCCUCUUAUCAUCGGAAAAUUCUAGAAGAUAGCAUUGAGCCCUUGCAGCACAACAUGGAACGAGUGGAAAAAGUGAUAACUCUGCAAACCAGCAAGAUUGUGGAACUGAAAAAGAAGGUAGAGUAUAGGAGAGAAGAAAUCAUUUCUGAAUUUGAGCAACUUCGACUGUUUCUGCAGAAUCAGCAAGAGGCUCUUCUUAGGCAGAUGAAAGAUGAAGAGACGGACACUUUAACGAAACUAAAUGCAAACCGUGUAACAUUUUCAGAUCAUGCUUCCACGUUAAAACGUCUUCUGAAGGAGGUAAAGUGCAAGUGUGUGCAGUCAGAACUGGAAUUACUGACACAUGUUGAAGGUAUCUACCACAGGUAUCAAAACCUAAAACGUCCUGAGCUCUUUUUAUUCCGAUUAAAGAAAUACAGAUUUAGUCUUCCUCCACAGUACUCUGGCUUGGACAAACUUAUCAAGUCAUUUCAAGUAAAUGUGAUUCUAGAUCCUGAAACAGCACACCCUUGCCUUAUUAUCUCUGAGGAUGGAAAAACUGUACAUUAUGGAAAGAGAAAACAAAACCUUUGUUAUAACCCAAGGAGAUUUUAUCUCUGCCCUGCUGUCCUGGGUUCUGAGAGAUUUAGUUCCGGCCGAUAUUACUGGGAGGUAAAAGUGGGAAAUAAGCCUAAAUGGACCGUGGGGGUGUGCCGAGACUAUUUUCCAAGAAAUUGGCGGAAUCAGCCAGUAGUGGAGGGUGGAUUCUGGGCGAUUGAGCGAUACGUUGAAAGCAUUUACGUUAUUCUGGGUCCUAAGAGAACUCCGCUUCUGCCCACAGUAAGACCCAGUAAAGUUGGAAUAUUUUUGGACUAUGAGUUGGGUGAGGUUUCCUUUUACAAUAUAAAUGAUAGAUCUCUUCUCUAUACUUUUAAUGAUUCUUUUACAGAAGCCCUUUGUCCCUAUUUCUAUGUUGGAACGGAUUCUGAACCUCUUAAAAUCUCUUCAGUAACAAAUGAUGAAAGAUGAAGUGCCUGGGAAAAUAAUACUGUCUCAGCGUCUAGGGGUAACUUAGUAAACUUAGUCUCAAUAAUUAGGGAUUCUGAUGGUUUACUGCUGAAAACCAGAAUAGAUUUUUCUCCUUCAUUUUCAGCAACUAUAAAACAUGAUAGUAACACCAAUUUUAUAGAUGUUUAGAGAUGCUUUUAAUUU